AUGGCAGAUAACGGAAAAUACAUUAAAAUUCCUGAGAAAUAUGUCAUAUGUAUUUUGGCAGCUUCUGCAGCAUUUGUUUGCUACCUGAAUUCAUUAAAUGGAGAUUUUGUACAUGAUGACUUGUUUGCAAUAAAAAACAAUGGAGACGUAAAUGGGAGAAAUCCAUUGUGGUCUCUCUGGGAGAAUGACUUCUGGGGGAGACCCAUGGCUGACCCUCGCAGUCACAAGUCAUAUAGGCCAUUCACUGUUCUUAGUUUUCGCAUUAAUUUCCAUCUUGGCCAGGGUUCUCCCUAUGGUUUCCAUGUAGUCAAUGUCUGUCUCCAUACCUUGAUGACCAUCCUCUUCACCUAUGUCUGUCAGACAACGCUUCGUUUGCCUGCCCAGUGUGGUCUGAUAUCUGGUCUUAUAUUCGCUGUCCAUCCCAUCCACACAGAGGCUGUGUCUGGGAUAGUUGGCAGAGCAGAUGUAAUGGCCAGUAUUUUCUUCAUGCUUUCGUUUAUAGCCUAUGUCAGGAGUGUAGAGCCCGGUUGGCCCUGGUUCAGACAUGCACCAGCUACCAGACACUGGGUUCUUGUGAUCCUCAGUGUAUCCAUGGCAACAGUCUCCAUGCUAUGUAAGGAGCAGGGAAUUAUGGUCCUGCCUGUCUGCAUUUUGUAUGAUGCUGUUGUUUGCAGCCGAAUACUUCUGAAUUAUAGGUCCUGGUAUAAAAUGAAACCUUUUCUACUUAGAUUUAUAUUUGUAUCAAUAGUGGGGUUGACACUAUUGUCAUUUCGUUUUUGGAUCAUGAGAGGACAACUUCCAAAAUUUCUUCCUCAGGACAAUCCAGCAUCUUUUUCGUCUUCAUUCUUCAUAAGGGUCUUCACUUACGGAUUUGUUUGGUUUUUUAAUGUAUGGCUGCUGCUGUUUCCAUCACAACUGUGUUAUGAUUGGCAGAUAGGAAGCAUCCCAUUGGUGGAGAGUCUGAUGGAUGCUCGUAACUUAGCAACAGUAUUGUUAGCUAUUGUUCUUUUCCUUCUUUUGCUGAAGAGCUGGAGAGAGGCAAAGUCAGAAGAUUCUGAUGUAGCUGUGGUCCCCGGUCUCCUAUUUUACACCCUUCCCAUUAUCCCAGCCUCAAAUCUUCUCUUUCCUGUGGGGUUUGUUGUGGCAGAAAGAGUUUUAUACCUUCCAAGUGUCGGCUUUUGUAUUUUGGUUGGAUAUGGUGCACACCUGCUAUUUGAGAGGUUUUCUCACAUGAAGAAGAUCAUUUUCGCUCUUGUGGUGUAUUGUUUGGUAGUCAUGGCAGCCAAAACAAUAAGUCAGAACCAAGUAUGGAGGACAAGGGAGACCCUGUUUGUUUCUGGUGUCAGGACCCUUCCACACAAUGCAAAAAUCCACUACAACUAUGCAAACUACCUCAAAGAUACAGGACAGUUAAACACAGCCAAAAUCCACUACGAGACAGCAAUCAGAUUAUACCAAGACUUGCCUAGUGCUCACAAUAAUCUAGGAACAUUACUCAAUGACACAAUGGCAGCAGAAUUUCACUAUGAGGCAGCACUGAGGAUAAAUCCAGAUCAUAGGGGAGCACUGAUCAAUCUAGGUUCUUCUCUUAUUAAAAGGGGAAAAAGGCAUCGGGGACAGGAACUAAUUGACAGAGUCCUUGACCUAGAUCCUGAGAAUGUGGAGGCCAUUAUAGUGAAGGCUUGGGUCAGUAUGGAGGAGGGUAACUGGACAGUAGCAGGGCAGUUCUUCCAGAGGGCCCUAGAGAGAGAUCCAAUGAAUUCAGAGGCUCUCUAUUAUUAUGGAAAGUACUGGCAUCAAAGAGGUGACUUGGAGAGAGCAGUGAAGCUGUACAGGAAGGCAUUCUUGACAGAUUCUAGACAGUGGUUGGCCAUGGUUAGUGCAGGAGAUGCCCUCAAACAGUUGGGAAAGUACCAUGAAGCUGAGGAAAUUCUCAGCAGAUCUCUGAUGAUAAGCCGCAGCAUUCAGGCCAUGGAUUCUCUCGGACUUUUGUAUUUCCGUUUGGGUAGGGUGUCAGACUCCAUUAACAUGUACAAAGAAAUCCAGACAUUAGAUCCAGAUAACGCACAGUCCCUCCUACAUUUUGCUCAGAUAUUGGGAAACAUGGGAGAAUCAGAGAGAGCGGAGGAAGUUCUGACAGAAAUCUUACAGAAAAAUCCUCAAAAUCCUGAUGCCAUGGUACAAAUGUCCAAUGUACUGGGACAACAGAAUAAACACAACCAGGCUUUGAAUUACUUGAGGGAUGCCAUCAAAAUAACGCAGAGAGAAAACAACAGAAACAAACUAGAGAUAUUACUCUUUCAGCAGGCUAGUCAUUACAAAGAUUUGAAAAGAUAUGAUGAGGCUUUACAGAGUUACAAUGAAACUAUUAAAAUAAAUCCAAUGAAGAAAGAAGCACACCUCAACAUUGGGGCCAUUUUUCAUCUCCAGAGACACUACACAAAAGCUAAGUACCACUAUGGUAUAGUCCUAAAACAAGAUCCAGAGAACAGGCUAGCCAAGGAAAAUCUAGCCAAAUUGAUAAAUAUUGAGAAGAAGCAAACACAAACAUAACCAUUGGGGGAUCUCUUUAGAGAACAAAGAUCAGGGCUUAUUUUCAAUUUCUGUAACAAAAAACCAGUUUCUGUAUUUAAAAUCUAUGGAUGUUGACUUAUCUUUAAUUUCAAACAUAUGAAAUGUAUGGCAGCUGUUUUGUUCAAAAUUUGAUAAGGUGAAAUGAGACUUGCAAUAUGUCAAAGGGAAACUUUUUUAUCUCCACAGCAUUGUUUUUUUUUUUCACGUGUGUCUCUGUUUCAUACUAUAUAUAUAUUUUAAUAAUGAUGUACUUGUAUAACUUUAUCCUCGCUCAAUAUUUUCCACUUCAAUU